ACUUUCUAGAAUGAUUUUGUGCAUAUAUAUAAUAUAUAGUUAAUGUCCGUGCUCGAUCCUUGAUCCUCAUUCCUUUCUCGCCAAUCAUAUUUUUACAGUUUAUCUAAAGAGCCCUGGAACUGAUACUCGAAGGCAGUUUCAACAUAUACGCGUCAUGCUUCAACUGAAUUGCUCUGUUAAAGCCUAUUUCUAUUUUCAAAAAUGUUAGAGAGGGCUUAUCUCAAUACUUUGUAGUAUGUUCACAUUUAAAUGCAGCGAAUCUCGUCAGGCUGUAAUCAGUUUGGCAGUUAACAAUCGAAAGGACAAACUGAAUAUCGAUACCGUCACGUGCCGCAAAAGGCCGCAAAAGGAGUUCACUCAGCGAAUAAUAAGUGUGAAGUGUUAAACUGCUUGCACAAUGCUUCUUCAUAAAGCUGUGCAAGAAAAUAACAUGGUUGAGGUGAAAAAGCUCCUUAAAAAAGGCGUCGAUGUGAAUGCCAAAGAUAGACGAGGUAACACUGUAUUGCACUUUGUCCGCGACGAAGAAAUGACAUCUUUGUUGUUAAGUUCUUCGUCUAUUGACCUUAACAUACAAAAUGAUAACGGCGAUACUGCAGUCCAUAUUGCCUGCAUUCCAUUUACUGACCGUCUUAGCGAUUUAAAAACAAACACUAUAUGUUCUAGACUGAAAAUUAUGGAAAUGCUUCUAGGAGCUGGAGCAUCUCCAAAUAUUCAGAACCAACUUGGAUACAGUGUAUUGCAUUUCGUCUUUGUGUACGGGGGAAUUGCAGGAAUUCGUAUGGAUGUACUUAACAUCCGUGAUAUAGUUGCCCUGCUCCUCAAGUACAGCGCAGAUGCUAAUUUAAAAGAUUUUGAGGGAUGUACACCUUUACACCAUGCUGUUAGAGAACCAAACAUGGCAGGUGUAGCUGAGCUACUUCUUCAAGCUGGAGCAAAUGUAGAUGCCAAAGACCGUCGUGGAAUGACUCCUCUACAUCUCAUUUUUGAUUUGGACGACGAAGAGAUGGUCAAGUUACUAUUAGGUUAUGGUGGAAGUAUAAAUGAAAAAGACGUUAAUGGGACGACCGUACUGUCAUCCGCUGUUUUAGUGGGAAAUGAGUCCAUGGUUGAGUUACUUUUGGCUGAUUCUCGAACUGAAAUAAAUUUAGGGGAUUUGAAUGGCAUCACAGCUUUGCAUCUAGCUGCUGCUUACAAACGCAUUGUGGUCUGUGAAAUGCUUAUUGUAAACGGAGCAGAUGUAAAUGCGCUUGAUGCUUGUAAUGCAACUUCUUUGCAUUAUGCAGCAUACGGUGGAACGCCAGAAAUUGUUAGCUUAUUGUUACAAGCUAAUGCAAGCCACGAAGUCAAAAAUGAUUUAGGCUAUCUUCCUAUUCAGUAUGCGCUGGAUCGGCAUUACUUUUACACAGCCUUGGCAUUUGGGGAGGAAUACAAACAUGAGGUGAUAGCUCACCUUUCAACAUCAGAACAAAUCGAUGAAACAACGGAACUACAAGACUGGAUAUUGCAAAGUUUUCCAGCAGAUGACGUGCUGACCAUGAUUGUUCCAGCGUCAAAAGUUUACUCAGAUCCAUACAAUCAAGACAUACUUCCCCCAGAUACAAUGGAUUACAUCAAAACUAAGACAAACCAGAACAGUUCUGCAUUUGUUCGUGGUAUGACGGAAGUGCCAGGUAUAGGAAGAAUCCCUGAUAUCGAAGAAGCGAGGGCAAUUAGAGUUGCUGUAGAGAGCUAUAUUGAAAAGGUAUCAUCCACAAUGGCGGAUGUUGAUCCCAGAUUUCGUGGAUCUCUUUUGUAUUCUGGAAGCGUCUACGAAGGAACGAAGAUUUGUGACCCAUACGAGUUUGAUUAUAUGUUGUGCCUUGAAAUGUUUGAGCAAGUAUGCUCAAUUCAACUUGACUACGAUACACAAUUCGAUAACGUUCAGGUUUCCAAGGACAAGAGUUUUUUAGAUGAUCGUUUUGAUGAUUUUUUCAAUGAAAACCAACUUCAGAGUGAUAAAGUUAUGACUGUGUUUGUCGAGGUGGCCAGAAAAGCAAUUAGUCAAUUGAGCUUUGCUACGGGCUCUAGUAAUCUUUACCUUCAAAGUCUAACUGAACACACACUCGUAGAAGGAACCUGGAUCUUGCCUGGAACGGUGACGUGCAAUUUGAAAUUGAUUUGGAAUGGCCUUUAUUACAAGCAAUUGGUCAUCUGUGUUGAUCUAGUACCUGCAAUUCAUAUCAACAAUUGGCUUUGUGCUGCAAGAAAGGGAGGGUGCCUUUUGACUGACAAUAUAAUGUCUAAAGGAUGCCACGUAGUGUCAAAGUCUGGAUACUGGAGGCUCUCUUUCUCUCUUGCUGAGAAGAUGAUCAUGGAAAAUCUUUCAAGUGAGCAGAAGCUGGCGUUCGUUGGAGCAAAGGUCAUGCUCCAUCCAGCUGUUUCAGCGAAAAUAACAAUUUAUGAUGACAGUGCUUUGGAUGAUUUAACAAACAUUAGGAAUCACGAUAGUACCAUAGACGAACAAGAUGAUGUUAUACAUGGUGGAAAGCAGGAAUUUACAGCUUAUGAAGCAUCUUCAAGUUGCUUUGAUGAAAAAUCUUUCCAUUCACGUGAUGAGCUGCCGACACAAACCCAUGAUGACGGCCAUGCUAGGAGAGAUACCAUAGGACCUAAUUUGGCAGGAAUGAUGAUCGGUAGAGUAAUGACAACUUCUGGCUCUCCUGUAACAGCCAUUAACGUUUCAGAUAAGCAAGCUCUGUGGAGUUUAAAAGUGGGGGACAGAGUUUAUAUCAGUGUCAAAAAAGACCAAUGCACUGGUGGUAUGUAUAAAAACGAAGGUGGCUUACUAAGAAUGAAGGACAUAGAUGAUGCCAGUGCAAUAAAAGGACACGAUUGUGGUGCUAUGAAUGAUGAAAGGAGAGUCCAAAAUGCCACCGUAAGGAUGGGAGACGCAACAGAUAUCUAUUUAGCGCAAGGUCAGAAUACAAGUGACUGUAGAAAGGAAGGUGAAAACCCAGGGAUGCUAGACACAGAUGAUACCAGUGCAGCAAAAAGCCGUGAUACUUGUGCAAUGAGUAUCGAUGGAGAUAAAAAUGCCAUAACAAGGAUGGAAAAUUUAUCUGAUAUCUAUUUGAGCGUAGGUGAGAGUGACGAUGAUCACAUAAAUGACGAUGGAAGCGACAGUGACAUUCCAGCGAAAACCAUAGACCCACGUGAUGUUCUAUCCACGUAUUUACUGAAGAUGGUGUUCUUUUACUGUCUUGAACAAAACAUGACUAAAUCUCCCGAGAUCAUAGUAACAACAGAACAAAUAUUUAAGCAGAUUUAUGACUGCUUGAAAGAGAAGCGCCCUCUACCUUACUACUUCAUGCAGAACCACAAUAUUAUGGAUAAAAUGCUUGAAAGUGAAGAUUUGCAUGAAACUGAGUUAACGAUAAUGAUGUUAAACACUUUUUUAAGCCAGAAACUUUGACUUGAAAAAAGAACAAGUACAUAUUAAA